CGGCGAAUCAGGAGUCAGUUUGUUGAAUGGGCGCAAAAUCUGUUUGUCUCUUCUGCAUCACUCUCCUGGAGAGAGUAAACGUAAUAGUACAAUUAGUAGACAAAACUGUCUAAGUUUAAUGAACUUUAACGAAUUACAACCCACCUGCAAGACAGACUCAGCGCGAGCCUGCGGCGACCUGUUUCAUCCCGUGUCGCGAGCAAUGCUGAAGAAACUGGCCGCCACUUCAUGAACUGAGCUCUGACUGCUAGCUAGCUAACACUCGCUAGCUCAGCCUCUUACCAACAAUGUCAAGUCUUCCACAAAAUAACUUGAAGGAGCAGCUGGCGAGGCACAGCAGUGCUGCUCAGAGCAAGUUGUCUCUGGCUAAACCCAAACCGGGGGCCUUUUCUUUCAAAAAGAAGUCCUCAUCAGGUAUAACCAAGGUGGAAGUCUCAACUAAGCUUGAGAGACCUCAAAAAUCCCAAAUCAACAACUUCUUCCCUGUAAGUUCAAAAGGCAAGUCGGACUCCAUCAGCGCAGCAGGCAACUGUGCUCCUGCCGGCCAGACUCCUUCAACAGUGUCUGCUCUUAAGGUGACAACAGCGCCAACAAAAUCUGACAACCAGUUUACUAAUGGCAAUGGAGGCAUUUCCACAAGUCUGGAUGCAUCUCUUGGAUUCCCGAUUGAUGACUGGGAUGAUUUUGAUGACUUUGAAACUCCUGUCAAAGCAAAGAAUGACUCAUUCAGUUCCGAAAUAUCGGGGAAGAGCGCCAAUCCAGUGUCAUCUUUUAGUGACGGAAAAAGAAAAUUCUCUCUUAUGACGCCACAGUUGAGCAACAGUUUUUCAAACAAGAAUGGUCUUUCGACAAGUGAACCACCUCAUAUGGAAACAGAUGAAUUGGAGCACAGUGUUGACAAAGCUGCAGUUUCACCAGGACCUAGUUUGAAUCAAGAUCCAGCAGAAAUUGAAUUUGAGGAUUCUCCAGUUCAAAUGACAAGAAGACGUUUUCCUGCUCAUCUGAAGUCUGCCAUCAGUGAUAGUGAAGAGGACAACGAUGAUGUGCUUGAGCCUUUUAAAGGAAUGGCAGGCAAUAAGGAAAAAUGGAUUGACCCAAAGGUAAUAAAGCUUGACGACAACUCAGAGCCUGAAGAUGAUCUUGAUUACAUUCCCCCUUCUCCGAUCCCUGAUGAGAUCUCUUAUACUACCUGUGCUUUGAAGACCAGAUCUAAAUCAGCUGAUGUUGAAAGCAGAGACCGUCCUGUGCUAUCAAAGGGACCCAUCACAACACUACAUGAACCCUCUGAUCACCACUCUAAAGACACAACCAAUGAGCAACUCUUCAGUAUCAUGCAGUCCAUUUGUUCUCUGGUGGAUUCCAUCCCUGAACAUGAACUGAUAGCUCUGUCCUGUGGAAAUGAGCUUUUGCUGAAGAGAGCUCAAAGGAAGAGGAUUAUUGUAACUAGUGGUGGCAGCUUAUUAAAGAUGCAGCAGCCAGACAGCACAGUGAUUUCUGAACCCAGCUUUAAAGAUAAAUCUUCUUUUAGCUGUGAUACAUAUAGUGUUAUGUCAUCCGGCAGCUCUGUGCCCGUGGACUCCAAGAAGCCUCCUCAGACCAGGAGAUCUUCAGUUAUCUCAGUGGACUAUGACUCUGACAGUAUUAUUAACCCAAAGGCAAGCAGUAAGAACAGCGGGAAAAUAUAUGUGAAAGAUCAGAGUAUGUGUGACUCUCCAUCAACCUACAGCCUCACAAGUCCAGCUUUUACUUACUCUAACAAAACAAGCACAGACCUGGAUGGUUCAGAGCUCUUCUUCUCUCCCAAAAAGCUAAACACUGUUGUUCAGAACAAGUCUAAUACCCCAGCAGCCAGUACAGCCGCAGAAGAACACGAUGACUUUUACAAUGACUACUUUGACAUAGAUGACUUUAAUGACUCGGAUAUCCCUGAUUACUUUGACGGACCCCCAAAAUCCAGCACCGUGACUCCAACAGUGAAAAAGGGGGGACCAAGCAUGUCUUCAUGGGACAAGAAACCGACGACACCUGCUCCCACACCCAAGCCUGCAAAGAUCUGCUCUCCUGAACCCACCUACCGAAACCCAGCCCACGAUCGCCUCAGAGGGUUCAACUUCCCCCACUCACAGGAGAUGAUGAAGAUUUUUCACAAGCGAUUUGGUCUUCAUCAAUUCAGGUUUAAUCAGCUAGAAGCAAUUAAUGCAGCGAUUCUGUCUGAAGACACGUUUGUUUUGAUGCCCACAGGUGGGGGUAAAAGCCUGUGCUACCAGCUGCCUGCCUGUGUGUUACAAGGAGUCACUGUGGUCAUCUCCCCACUCAAAUCACUCAUUGUUGACCAGGUCCAGAAACUCACUACACUGGAUAUCCCAGCAACAAGCCUGUCUGGUAAUAUCUCUGAGAGUGAAGCAGGGAGGAUUUAUAUGCAGCUCUCUAGGAAAGACCCCAUCAUUAAACUUCUCUAUGUCACCCCUGAAAAGGUGAGUGCAAGUCACAAGCUGAUCUCCGCCCUGCACAACUUGUACGAUCGAGGCCUUUUGGGCCGCUUUGUCAUCGAUGAGGCCCAUUGUGUCAGUCAGUGGGGUCACGAUUUCCGUCCAGACUACAAGAAGUUGCAUGAGAUGCGUCAGAAGUUCCCCAAUGUCCCGAUGAUGGCACUGACAGCUACUGCCACCCCCCGUGUUCAGAAAGACAUCCUCAACCAGCUGAACAUGACUCGGCCGCAGGUGUUCACCAUGAGUUUCAACAGAACAAACCUGAAGUACACGGUCCUGCCCAAGAAACCCAAAAAGGUUGAUGAGGACUGCAUCGUCUGGAUCAAGAAGAACUACCCACGGGACUCUGGCAUUGUGUACUGCCUGUCCCGUAAGGACUGUGAUGCCAUGGCUGAGAGUCUGCAGAGAGCGCGAAUAUCAGCUCUGUCGUAUCACGCAGGCCUGAGUGACGGAGACAGAGAACAUGUGCAGACCAAGUGGAUCAACCAGGACGGCUGCCAGGUCAUCUGUGCCACCAUAGCCUUUGGCAUGGGCAUUGACAAGCCUGACGUGCGUUACGUGAUCCAUGCCAGUCUGCCUAAGUCCGUGGAGGGUUACUACCAGGAGUCUGGGAGAGCUGGCAGAGAUGGAGAGAUCUCUCACUGUAUUCUCUUCUACUCCUACAGCGACGUCCACCGCAUCAAGAGGAUUCUCACUCUGGACAAAGAAGGUGACAGACAAACCAAGGCGACUCAUUUAAACAACCUACACUGCAUGGUGCACUUCUGUGAGAACAUGAUGGAGUGCCGAAGAAUUCAGCUGCUCGCCUACUUUGGGGAGAUGAAGUUCAACAAAAGCUUCUGUAAGGACAACGCAGACGUCAGCUGUGACAACUGCGCCAAACCCAACCAAUACAAGAUGAGAAAUGUCUCUGACGACGUGAAGAAGAUCGUGAGCUUUGUCCAGGAGAACUGCGAGAAAGUUGGAGCAAGGUUUGGCAGGACUGCUCAGCAAAUCCGGCUGACACUGAAUAUGUUGGUGGACAUCUUUGUAGGGUCUAAAUCUGCCAAGGUACAGACGGGAAUGUUCGGGAUGGGAGGAGUUUACUCGAGGCAUAAUGCUGACCGUCUCUUCAAAAAACUGGUUCUGGAAAACGUCCUGGUGGAGGAUUUCUACAUCACUAACGGCGGCCAAGCUGUGGCGUAUAUCUCUGCUGGAUCCAAAGCCAUGAACGUGCUGUCUGGACACAUGCAGGUGGAGUUCUAUGAGACAGAGAGUGCGUCUAGCAUCAGGAAACACAAAGCUGCUGAGGCCCAGGACGUGUCCCAGAGAGAGCAGAAGGUUCAGGAGUGUCUGAAGGAGCUGCUGGAUCUGUGCAAGCAGCUGGGGAAAGCGUUUGGCAUUCACUACUACAACAUCUUCUCCACUGCCACCUUGAAAAAGAUAUCUGAGAAGCUUUCUUCUGACCCCGAAGUCCUCCUACAAAUGGAUGGCGUGACUGAAGACAAACUGGAGAAGUAUGGAGCUGAAGUCAUUCAGGUCCUACAGAAAUACUCCGAGUGGCAGCAGCCUGAGGAACCGACAAUGACAACUGACAAUGGUGGAGACGGCUGGAUAGACACGGCACAAGGCCGCACUUAUGGCGAUGACGAGUACGAGUCCUCCAACUACUUCCAUAGUCAGCCUGCACAGGGACAGAAGAGAAAGAAAGCGCCAUUCUUCAAAUAUUCAAAGAAGAGAAAAGCUUAUGGCAACACGAGUGCCAACUCUAAAGGUCGGGGCUACAGCAGCAAUAAAUCGUGGUCAUCGUCCAGCUCCAGAGGUGGAUCAAAAGCUGCAGGCCGGGGGUACAGGGGCUCGGCAGGAGAUGCACCAGCAGGCAGGACACCGGGAUUCCUGACCGUCCCGACCCCUCAAACCUACCAGCGACCCUUCUUAAAACCAGCCUUUUCACACAUGGGCUAGGAUCAGCUUCUGGAUCUCACUUAACAUUUUCAAACCAGUUGAUGUUAUUGAUUGUAAAGUAUUUACCUGUUAUAUGUUAAACUGUUUAUUGGAAAUAUUUGUUUUGUACAGUUAUUGUCGCGAUGUCUGUCCAGAUUCUAUAACGAUUUUUUUGUAAACCACUUUUUUUUUUCACUUAACUGUACUGUACCUUUUUCUUUUUUUAUAUUAAAGACAAAUUGAUCAAU